GGCAAAUGGAAAAGCCUGAAAGAUGCCUUUAUCCGCCAUCGCCGCAAACAAAAGGAGCAGAGGAGCGGAUCCUCCCCAGGCGGACGCUCCAGUUAUGUGCAUGCAGCACAAAUGUCGUUUUUGAUAUCGUGCACCGAAAUGCGGAGCACCGAUAGUAGCUGGGAACACAGCCAGGCGCAAGGUGAUGAGGAAGAGGACGAGGGCACAAUGGACAGUGAGCCGGGCCCAUCUAUGGGGCCAAUGAGUCCUCCAGCCCCCCCCCCCACUCCGACUUUCGUCAGCCCCAUGCAGACUGGCCAAGCCGUACCAGAGGCAACUCGGCAGCCCCGACAUAAAAGGAGGAGAACGGAGAGACAGGAGGACCGCCUAAUCGGCUGCCUGGAUGCCCUGGCACAUCCUGUGCCAAAACUAAGCAGCGACGCAUAUUUUCUCCUCAGUCUAGAGGAGAAAAUGCUGCAUGUGCCGAGACAUAUGAUCACCAAAGUAAGGGAGGAGGUGACUAAAACCAUAGACAAGUAUUGCCUCCCUUACGAGCUAGCAACGUCUAGCACUGCCCCACAGCAUCCCCCACAGCAUCCCCCACAGCAUCCACCACAGCAGCCACCACAGCAGCCACCACAGCAUCCACCACAGCAGCCACCACAAUAUGGCCACCAAUAUGGGGCACAAUAUUGCCCACAAUAUGCCCCACAAUAUGGCCCACUACAUCCCCAACAACACCCUCACACAUACCCAGCACACACAUACACACAAAGUAACAUACAACACCCUCUUGAGACAUGGCAGACACAACACACAUCAUACCCAUAUCCCUCUUCAAGCACGGGCCCAAGCACCUCCACCAUCACCACCACUGAAAUGCCACCCGCCAAUCAGUCUCGCGGAGCCAGAGAGACACGGCGGGAUCCCGAGGCAGAGUUUUCUGGGCCGCAAUAUGAAACCCUGUGAUAAACGGAGAAGAGGGAAAUUCUCCGGCUCAAGGUUUUGGGAGCCAAAAAGGGCACUUAUCUUGAAAAUUGUUGGUAUUAUUUAUAUGUUAUUUUGACUACAUUGCUCCUUUGUUUGGAAAACA